AUGGGGCUUUUAUCACUAGGAACUCCGCUGCACUGGCUUGAGUCCAGAAACCACUGUGAACAUGUCAGGGAUAACGGAUUGGAGCAAUUGAUCAAGAUGUUCGAGGCUGCCUCAGCAAGAUCAGACGACCCAUUUCUCUGGGGUGAUGAAAUAGAGUACAUGUUGUUGAAAGUUAACGACAAAGACCAUAGCAUCAAAUUAGCCAUUGACGAAGACGAUAUGUUGGAAAGAUUGGCUGAAGACGGAGUCUCCUACCGUAAGGCUGCUGACAACGACGUCUCGUUUCAUCCCGAAUACGGUAGAUACAUGAUUGAAGCAACGCCUGCCACACCGUACGAUGGAGCCUCGUUAAAAAGUUAUGCCUAUGUUGAACGCAAUAUGGAGGCCAGGAGGAAGAUUGUGGUUGGUGAGGUCAAGGACAAGAGUGUGGUUCCAAUGACUUACACUUCCUUUCCCAGAAUGGGUGUUGGUCUCUUCACUGAUCCUCCAGCAAAGGCCAACGGUGCUGCUUCGAUGUCGCUUUUUUUGCCUGACGAGAUCAUCAACAGACACGUGAGAUUCCCCACCUUGACCGCAAACAUUAGACGGAGAAGAGGGUCCAAGGUGGCUAUCAAUAUCCCGUUGUUCAAAGACUCGAAGACCAGGUCAGACUCCGAGGUUGAUCUCACUAUACCGCAUCGCCAGCUGUAUGCAGGCCAUGACGACGAGGCCUUCCAAGGGGCAGCCCAGCCCGGAUCCAUAUAUAUGGACUCUAUGGGGUUUGGUAUGGGCUCUUCGUGUUUGCAGGUGACGAUGCAAGCCCCCGAUGUGAGGAGGGCCAGAUAUCUAUAUGACUCUCUGGUAAACAUAGCGCCGUUGACAUUAGCAUUGACUGCCGCCGCACCCAUCUUUAGAGGGUUUUUGGCGGACCAGGACGUGAGAUGGAACGUGAUUUCAGGUGCGGUUGAUGAUCGUACUCCGUUUGAGAGAAGCGAGCCUCCACUGCCUGGCCAUUCCGAGAGAGGUAAUACCCGUCCGGAUGCCAAUUUGCAGAGGAUUCCCAAGUCGCGGUACGAUUCGGUAGACCAGUAUCUGGGUGAUAUCGAUGUCUCUGGGGAACAUUAUGGAUUUUUCAAGGAGGACUACAACGAUAUCGAGUCACCUAUCAAUGAUAAAGUGUACAGCAAGCUGCAGUCACAGGGAUUCGACCCAAUACUGGCACACCAUUUUGCGCACUUGUACAUUCGUGAUCCGAUUGUUAUUUUCAACGAGAGAAUAGACCAAAACAACGACGAGGAGACGGACCAUUUUGAAAACAUCCAGUCCACGAAUUGGCAAUCUCUGAGGUUCAAACCCCCCACCCAAAAGGCCACUCCUGACAACCACUCGACCCCAGGCUGGAGAGUAGAGCUAAGACCAAUGGAAAUCUCGAUAACUGACUUUGAAAACGCAGCUUUCGCCGUGUUUGCCGUUUUGCUGGCCAGUGCCAUAUUGAAGAACAAUCCCAACUUGUACAUCCCGAUCUCGUUGGUUGAUGAGAACAUGAAGUCUGCCCAUAGAGUGAAUGCCUAUACCGAACAGAAGUUCCACAUGAGGACCAACAUUUUCGAGAAGGGAUCUGCCAUAGUAGAGGAAUUGACUCUGGGACAAAUAUUCAACGGCACGGAUUCCUUUGCCGGGUUGAUUCCGUUGGUGGAAACAUUCGUGGAUGAUACUUUUGGAAAAACUGAAAAUGUCGAUGAGCUGGCCCAGAUCAAAACCUAUCUCAAAUUCAUCUCAUUCAGGUCUGCUGGAAAGAUCCCAUCCACUGCGGCAUUCAUUAGAAAUUUUGUCGUUUCUCAUGAAGAUUACAAACACGAUAGUGUGGUUAGCGAUUUGAUCACCUACGAUUUGACAAAGAAGCUCUAUCUUUUGGGACAGUACGACCAUGAUACUGUCAAAGAGUUCUUUGGCGAAGAGCUUGGUCAAGAUUUGAUUGAAAGCCACCAUUAA